AUGAAAGUCAUCGUCACCGGCGCCACCGGCAACGCUGGCCGACAGGUUGUCCAACAUUGCAUCCAAGACCCCCGAGUUACAAAGAUUGUCGUCCUUACUCGAACCGCCGUUUCUGGCGAUGUCGAGAGCCAUCCCAAGGUCGAGGUGGUGAUGCACCGAGACUUCUCGUCAUACCCCGAGACUUUACUCAAAAGACUUGAGGGGGCUCAGGCGUGUAUAUGGGCCAUUGGCGGCCGAGUCGACCAGCUCAAGCACGACAAGGACCUCUGUCGACAUGUCAUACUGGACCUUCCCCUUGCAGCGUCCAGGGCCUUUUCCCAGCAUCUGGCCGGGAAGACCCCCGAAGGCACAAGGUUUCGCUUCGUCUUGUGCAGUACGAAGCACGCGGAAAAGACCAAAAAGAGCCUCCCAUUCGUCAAUGACCCGCGCCGAUAUGUCACAGAGGCAGAAAAGGGUGUUUGCGAGGUGGCCGCCGUCAACAAGGCCCAAUUUGAAGCCUACAUACUACGGCCUGUGAGCUUCCAAGUCUCCAACAUGCCCUCAUCUCAACCCAAUACGCCAACCCAAAAGUUAGUUGGGAGCCAGAGUACGGCUGCUGCCAUUGAAUCAUCCCAGGUCGGCAAGGCCAUGGUCGCUGUGGCGUUGGAUGGAUGGAAAGACUCCGUUCUUGAGAACCACGUCCUCGUGAAGAUGUGA